AUGGCGUCUCGGGGUGGAGGCACGAAGUGGAACCGCGAAAUCAGUACGUCGUACUUCAAAGACGAGGACUUCUGGACAAAGUAUCUUCGGGGCCGGCCUCCUCUUGUCGACGGCAUCCUCGACAGCAUCCUCGCCUACCAUACCGAGCAUGCCGGGCAGUUUGGCACGCUGCACGAGCCUGGAGCAGGAGGCGCCGUGCAUUCGGCGAGGAUCUCGCAACGCUUUGAGCGCGCGAUUGUCACCGACCCGUCGGCGGAAAACAUCAAGGUGGCGCGCGGGCGCCUGCCCGAGGCCAAGUAUGAAUUCCAGGUGUCCACAUUGGAGGAGACUGGGACGAGCAUCCCUGCUGCAUCCGUGGACAUGGUGUUUGCGGCGACGAUGCUGCACUUCUGCGAUGUGCCGCGCGCAUUUGAAGCGGUGGCGCAUCAGUUGAAGCCCGGCGGGACGUUCGUGGCGCUGUGUCUCGGAGUGUACGUGCUGGAGGAUGCGGCGGCGCAAGAGGCAAUGGAGGCCUUUUUCCAUACCGUAAUACGUGGAAUGAUACGGAAAGUGGGAGAGGGCUUGAUGGAGCGGUCGAAGACGAUGUUCUAUGCCUACGACGACCUCGUCUUUCCCGAAGCCAGCUUCGACCAGCGCACCCAAGGCAUCUUUUGGAACUGGAACGAUGACCCGAGCGAGAACUGGUAUAGAUUUUCGGUGCCGCCCGAGUACCGAGCAAGGCAGCCACCGCUCGCGCGCGUAGGGACGCAGGCACAAGUGCUGCGGAAAGUGGAUGAGAGUUUGGCCUUCGAGAAAGACAUGGCCGGGCUAAUGGAGCACAUCAAUACCUUCCCGUGGGACCAGGAAGAUGAAGCGCAGAAGCAGGCCUUGCAGAGAUUGGAGGCGCUCGUCGGUGAUGGUACGGUCAAGGGCCACUGGCUUGCGAGUGUUAUUAUGGCCACACGGAAGUAG